AUGGACCGGGUGAGGGUGGAGAGGCACAGGGAGGUGUGCCGCACUGCCGGGGCUGGCAAGCCGGAGGUGCGCUCCAGGAACCCAGAGAUCCAAGUAGAUGCCAAGAAUUGCAACACAGAGAGUACUGGAGGAACAGCUCAGUUGGGAAGACCAAACAAUCCUCCUGCACCAUCCCCUGAGUCCAUGACUUGGGGCCCCAAGCAAGUUGGACCCAGGGUGCCACGGCAAGCCAGGCUGCUACAGAGGCUGAAAACCAAACCGUUGAUGACAGAAUUCUCAGUGAAGUCCACCAUCAUUUCUCGCUAUGCUUUCACCACGGUCACCUGCAGAAUGCUGAACAGAGCUUCCGAGGACCAGCAAGUUGAGUUCCAGAUGCAGAUUCCAGCUGCGGCUUUCAUCACCAACUUCACCAUGCUUAUCGGAGAUAAGGUGUAUCAGGGCGAAAUUACAGGGAGAGAAAAGAAGAAUGGCGACAGAGUAAAAGAGAAAAGGAAUAAAACCACAGAAGAGAAUGGGGAGAAGGGGACUGAGACGUUCAGAGCUUCGUUGGUGAUUCCCAGCAAGGACAAAGCCGCCUUCUUCUUGAACUAUGAGGAACUUCUGCAGCGACGCCUUGGCAAGUACGAGCAUGUCAUCAGUGUGCGACCCCAGCAGCUGGCCGGGAGGCUGACCGUGGACGUGAGCAUCCUGGAGACAGCAGGCAUCGCCUCGCUGGAGGUGCCCCCACUUCACAACAGCAGGCAGAAGGGCAGUGGGCGAGGGGAAGAUGACUCGGGGCCUCCUCCUUCUACUGUUAUCAACCAAAAUGAAACUUUUGCCAAAGUCAUCUUUAAGCCUAGUGUGGUGCAACAAGCCAAGAUUGCCCAGAAUGGCAUUUUGGGAGACUUCAUCAUUCGAUAUGAUGUUAACAGGGAACAGAGCAUAGGAGACAUCCAGGUUCUAGAUGGCUACUUUGUGCACUACUUUGCUCCCAAAGACCUUCCUCCUUUACCCAAGAAUGUGGUGUUUGUGCUUGACAGCAGUGCCUCUAUGGUAGGAAGCAAACUCCGGCAGACCAAGGACGCCCUCUUCACGAUCCUCCAUGACCUCCGGCCCCAGGACCGCUUCAGCAUCAUUGGGUUUUCCAACCAGAUCAAGGUGUGGAAGGACCACUUGAUACCCGUCACCCCGGACAGCGUCAGGGACGGCAAAAUCUACAUCCACCAUAUGUCACCCACCGGAGGCACAGACAUCAACGGGGCCCUGCAGAGGGCCAUCGGGCUGCUCGGCGACUACGUGGCCCACAACGACCUCGAAGACCGCAGCGUGUCCCUCGUCGUGUUCCUGACGGACGGGAAGCCCACGGUCGGGGAGACCCACACCCUCAAGAUCCUCAACAACACCCGGGAGGCCGCCCGAGGGCGGGUGUGCAUCUUCACCAUCGGCAUCGGGAACGACGUGGACUUCAAACUGCUGGAGAAACUGUCGCUGGAGAACUGCGGCCUCACGCGGCGCGUCCGGGAGGAGGAGGACGCGGGCUCGCAGCUCAUCGGGUUCUACGAUGAGAUCAGGACGCCCCUCCUGUCGGACAUCCGUGUUGACUACCCCCCCAGCGUGGUGCAGCAGGCUACCAAGACCCUGUUCCCCAACUACUUCAACGGUUCAGAGAUUGUCAUUGCUGGGAAGCUGGUGGACAGGAAGCUGGAUCAGUUGCAUGUGGAAGUCACCGCCAGCAACAGCAGGAAGUUCGUCGUCCUGAAGACGGACGUGCCCGUGGGGCCCCAGGCAGGGGAGGACGUCCCAGGAGGCCCCGUGCCCAUGGGCGAUAGGGAGGGGGACCCCAACCACAUCGAGCGUCUGUGGGGCUACCUCACCGUGAAGGAGCUGCGGAGCUCCUGGCUGCAGACCGACGAGGGGGAAGAAAAGGAACGACUGAGGCAGAGGGCCCAGGCCUUGGCCGUGAACUACCACUUUCUCACCCCGUUCACCUCCCUGAGGCUGAAGCAGCCAGCCCCUGGCGCAGGCAGGCCGGAGGAGGCCCACGGCAUGUCAGCUGUCAUGGGGCCCGAGACGUUGGUGCAGAGUCUGCAGGGGGCCAGCACGCAGCCAGGGCCUGCGCUGGAGAAACCAUACCAGCCAAGAAUUAAAAUCUCUAAAACAUCAGUGGACGGCGACCCCCAUUUCGUGGUGGAUUUCUCCUUGAGCAAACUCACCGUCUGCUUUAACAUUGACGGGCAGCCCGGGGACGUCCUAAGGCUGGUCUCGGACCACAUGCACUCUGGUGUGACGGUGAACGGAGAGCUAAUCGGGGCCCCCGCCCCUCCAAACGGUCACAAGAAACAGCGCACUUAUUUCCGCACCAUCACCAUCCUGGUCAACAAGCCCGAGCGGUCCUAUCUCGAGAUCACGCCCAGCAGAGUCAUCCUGGACGGUGGGGACAGGCUGGUCCUCCCCUGCAACCAGAGCGUGGUGGUUGGGAGUCGGGGGCUGGAGGUGUCGGUGUCCGCCAACGCCAACGUCACCGUCACCAUCCAGGGCUCCAUUGCCUUUGUCAUCCUCAUCCACCUCUACAAAAAGCCCGCGCCCUUCCAGCGACAUCACCUGGGCUUCUACAUUGCCAACAGCAAGGGCCUUUCCGGCAGCUGCCACGGGCUGUUAGGUCAGUUCCUAAACCAGGACGCCAGACUCAUCGAGGAACCUGCAGUCCUUGGCUGGAACCCUACCCACCCUCUGUCCCCCCAGGCGGGAGAGGGGGCCGAGACCAUCCUGAAGGUAAAAGGCCGCCAAGUCCCAGUGGUCUGGAAGCAGAGGAAGAUUUACAAUGGGCAGGAGCAGAUAGACUGCUGGUUUGCCAGGAACAAUGCCGCCAAACUGAUCGAUGGCGAGUAUAAGGACUACCUGGCAUCCCAUCCGUUUGACACGGAGAUGACGCUUGGCCUGGGAAGGUCCAGGGGACUCUGAAACUAGCAGCCUUACUGCAAAGAGCGCAGACGGGAGUGUGAUCUAGGGGCCCCCGCGGUGCAGGUCUUCCUGGCUUUUGCCAGCCUCGACUCCUGGGACUGGCGGGACUCCGUGACCUUCCCCCAGCAGAGUGCGGGUCCAGCAUCUGCUGAAACCGAGGGUGGGGGCAGGAGGCUUGAGUGCAAAUGUUAUUUCUUCCCGCUCUCUCUUCCUGCCUCUGCUCCUUCCCCAUUGACGGUAGAGAAACACCCGGGGA